ACAAGAAAGUUAGUCAGAUGGUUUAGUGACAAACCAUAACAGUUGUUCCUCGCCCUUUGCGUAUGAAUUGACUCGCCGAAAGAUGAAACCAAUUGCUAAUGCUAGAAACUGACAACUCGUGGUAUUAAACAAUGAGGGAAUGCCGGGAACUGUUAUAUCUGAACUUGUUACUUCUACUCCUGAGGCUUGUGUCGCUCGCAGGAUCGGUCUCUGAUUCUCCUCAAAAGGAUGAGAAAGAUUUGUUGGUGGCAGGGAGUAGCAAGAAUUUCACGUCUCCUGGAAACACCAUAACAGUCACCCCUUCUGUCACAACUUCAGCACCUGAGAAUUGCACUGACAACUCAAAGAAAUCUACACAUGAGUGUUCUGUGGACUUACCAUGUGAUAAAUUGAGUAAGGACUGCCUUCAGUGUGAUUUCAAUUGCACGUGUGUGUACGGCCAGGAGGUUAGCGUAACAUGUCGACCAAAACCUGGAUCAUUUUGCUGGGAAAGUAAAGAAAUUACUGUCCAGAUGUUAUGUAGAUACUGUUACCAGACUGCUUCAUGGGAGCACACUUGCACUGGGACAGAAGACUGCUUAGCUAUUAAAUCCCCACGGGAGAUGUUUAGAUCAAACUGCACUGUGAAGAGUGACGUACUUUGUUUAGGAGAUCGUACCUUUCCCAAAAAAUUACCAUGUAAUUGGACUUCAGGAUACAGAUGGUCAACAGCGUUACUGUUAUCUAUCACUUUUGGCGGGUUUGGGGCAGACAGCAAGCAUCUUCUGUCCAAGUGCAAGUGUGGCUCCCUGAAGCAGUCUGGUGCUGAAGUUGUGACAGAAGGGGUGGACUGUGAUGGUGUUUCCAGGAGACGUGAAAUUCUUGCUACUCCCUGCCACCAACAAAUCUUUCUCAUCCUUUGA